AUGGAUUAAAUGUUAAAUCAGAUUACAAUCAAAGAUUUGGAUAAAGGAUUAAUCCUUAAUGAUGUUGAAUCAUCAAUUAUAAAACUCAAUAAAUCUGAGCAUUGGGAUUUAUAUUGGUAGUAAUUGUUUGAAACUCAUAAAUUGCUAUGUACAGCAGCUUAAGAGAAUGAUAUAGAAUAAUUGCAAAUUCUAUUAUCACCAGAAUAUCACUUACCAAUAGAUAUAAAUAUGAAAAUGGAAGAACAAUGGUCUUGUUUGCAUUUUGCAGCGAUGGAAGGUCAUAUAGAAUCAUGUAGAUUAUUAUUGGAAAAUCAAGCUAAACCAGACAUAACUAAUGUAUUAUAAAGGACACCACUUCAUAUUGCAGCAAUCAAAGGUAAUUUAGAAAUUUGUAAGUUGCUCAUAUCAUAUGGAGCAUCUGUAAAUUUAUUUGAUUAUUAAUACAAUUCUGCUUUGUAUCUUGCAUCAUAAUAUGGCAAUAAAGAUAUAAUAGAGUUAUUAUUGGAUAAUGGAGCUGAUUGCAAUGUUAGAAAUCAUUUUAAUCUUAAUGCUUAUGAUAUUAGUUUUGAUUAGUAAACAUAGGAAAUAUUUGAGAAAAGAAAUAUAUUUUAAGAUUAUUAAAAAAAGUCUUUUAGAGGAAUACAUAAUAGAAACGACCACAUAAAAAAUUUAUUAAAAUUAUCAGAUCGAUAAAGCACUUAAGCAAGUUAAGCUAAAGUGAGUAGAAUUGAGAUUCAAUAAGUUGGUCCAUAGGAUUUUUCAGUUUUAAGUUAAUUAGGGAAGGGAGCUUUUGGAUAGGUAUAUUUGGUAUAAAAGAAGGGAAAUACUAAUUAUUAUGCAAUGAAAAUUUUGAUAAAGAAAAAAUUAUAAGCAGCUGGCAUUGUAAGAUAUAUUUAAACUGAGAGAAAAAUAUUGACUUAUGUUACCUCUCCAUUUAUAGUUAAAUUACAUUAUGCUUUUUAGACAGAGAAUAAACUUUAUAUGAUAUUAGAUUAUUGUCCUGGAGGAGAUUUAGAAUAAUUAAUGAAUGAAAGAGGGAAGUUACCAGAAAAAGCAGCUAAAGCUUAUGCAUGUGAAAUAUUAUUAGCUUUAGAAACAUUACAUUAGAAUUGUAUAGUAUAUAGGGAUUUAAAACCAUCAAAUGUAGUGAUAGAUAAAGAUGGUCAUGCAUUAUUAACAGAUUUUGGAUUAGCAAAGGAAUUGAAUGCAUAGAGAGCUACAAGUUUUUGUGGAAGUUAUGCAUAUUUAGCACCAGAAAUGUUAAAUAAGAGUGGACAUGGAUAUCCAUUAGAUUGGUAUUUAUUUGGAGUGUUUAUAUAUGAAUUGGUUUAAGGAAAACCUCCAUUUUAUGAGAGAGAUAGAAAUAUUAUGUACAAAAAUAUAAAGUGUAGUGAUCCAAUACGACCAGAUAAUAUUAGUGAUGAAUUAUGGGAUCUAUUAAAGAGUUUAUUAGAGAAGAAUCAAUCAAGGAGAUUAGGUUCUAAGGGAGAUUCAGAGGAUUUAAAAAAACAUGAUUGGUUUAAAAAUGUGAAUUGGGAGUAAGUUAUAUAGAGAAAGUAACCAGUUCCUAAGGCUAGUUUAAGAACAGAAAAUUGUGAUUUAGAUUUGAAAGUGACAUUUUCAGAAUAAGCUUUACAUCCUGAAAGAUCUAAUUUUAUACAUGAUUGGGAUUAUUGA